ACCUUUUUAAAAACAAAUGUAAUUUUACACUUAAAAUGCACAUAAUUAAAAGACAAGGAUUACUAUUCUUACUCGCUUUUUUCCUCUGGUAGCUACUAACUUUAAGGGAAUAGUUUUUUGUUUCAGUCUGUUUGAUUUCAUGAUGAUGAUGUGUGAUUGUUUGGUUUAAAGAAAAGAAUAAAAAUAAGAGAAAUAGCUAUGUUGACGUGAAGAAGCAUAUUUCACAUGUUUUGGUUUUCCGUGAUAAAAAAAUAAUUUUAGCUCAAAAGUUCGAGUCUUGAGUAUUAGACUGGGAAACUGAGGGUAGCAUUACAAAAUAAUUGUCACUAUCACAUAUUUUUAAUUUUAGAAAUAUAGUAAACUACAUGACUUUCUAUAUUUAUGACUAUUCUAGUAGUUGUUUCUAAGUUUUAUUACUUUAAAAAGUUUGGUUUUGUGUGGGUAUAUUUUAUGUUUUAAGAAGCAGUUAUAUUUUUAAUUAAAAAAUAAAUAUUUCAAAUUGUUGCUCCAUAAACUCAAGGCCAGUUUAUCUAUAUAUUCUUCUCCAUUCGUCAUAUUAGCUGUGAACGGGCGGGUUUCUUAGUAAAGCCCACAUUCUAAGAUGGUCUGUCACUUUUAGUAGUGCAUGGCUUGGUACAAUUAGCACAGGAAUUUAGUGCUGUAUUGACGCAUUUGAGGGGUUUCUUUUUUCUUUUUUAAUCAAAAGGUAGAUUUUUCCAACUAACUUAAUUGUUCUGUUCUUUAUUUUUUAAAAAAUAUUUUAUAAAAAUAGUAGCCCUUAGCAGGGCACAGUGUGGCUCAUGUCCUUAUCCCAGUGCUCUGAAGCUAACAAGGCCCUGUCUCCAAAUGAGCUUGAGACCCAGAUCUAGAACAGUGUUACUUUUUAUCUGUAAUACUAAUUUGUAGUUUAGCAAUGUUUAGUUUCAGAAGAUUUUCAGUGGCAGGAACAAACCAAGACUAUUUUAUAAAAUCAUUUUCUAUCACUUUGCCUCUUUCUUCUGUGAUCUCUUACUAUUUAGUUAGCAUGCUCACUUUUUAUGCCUAUAGUAUGCUUAGUAAUAGCUGAUUAACAUUCUGUUUAAUGAGACAUUUUUUGGUGUUACCAAGUAUUUUUGUUACAUGUGUGAAUUCAUUCAUGAAUGUUAUAAAAUCAGAUAUAAAAAUACUUGGACAUACUUAAAUUAAGACUUUCAAUUUAUUUUUUCUAAUGCUGCAAGCUUUGUGCCUUGAGCCAUCUCCCUGGCAUUUAAAGCAUUAAUGGUUUAGUAGACAGUAAGCUUUAUCACCCUUGUUAAAAAUUCCCCUUAUACUUUUCUUCAAGAGAUGCAAAUUUUAUAGUUUAAUAGGCAUAUUUAUAGAAGUUAAAUUUAUAUAAUUUUCUACCCCUUUUUAUUCUUUUCAAACAGACCCCGGAUUGCUUUUAGAAAUCAUUUAGUGAAUACAUUAGAAUUUUACAAUACAUUUUGCCCAAUUUAGUUUUUUACAAAUUCUUUGAAUUAUAAUUACUAUAAAUUUCUGUGGAUUUUUCUAGAAUUAAAAUAACAUAAUAUUUAACAGUGCUUGUAGUUUGAUCUUCAUGCUGGAGUAAACAUUGUGGUACAGAAGGGACUAAGGGCGGGAGCAUGGCUAGUUUAAGAAUAUUGCUUUGCAUAUGCCCUUCUUAAAUAAUUCGCUUUUGGGUUUAGGUAGGUCUCAUUUUCCAGAAGGAAGGCCAUCUUAUGUAUUCUCCAUUUUAAUAUACUUGACUGCUAGGGUAAAACUCUUGGUUGCUAAUGAGACAACACUUUAAAGUACUUAAGUUAGUGUUUGAGCCAGAGAAACAAUCAAUACCUGGUUCUGAGUUGUGUUACCAGUAACAGUAUUCUAGGUGAUUGCCCUUUCUGUAGUUCAACAAAAUUGAAAUGAGGCCUUAAGCAUUCAGCUUAAUUACAAUAUUGCUUGCUAUGUGAUAAGGUUGAGGUAUGUAAAGGCCUGAGUAAUUAAGAUUGCUCUAACCAAACCUUGUUCUGUGUCAGUCUGCUCAUUAGCUAUGAGCAGAUUUCAUAAUGUCUAUAUACACUAUAGGGUGAGAAUUCUUACCCUGUUCUGGCAGUAGAGAGUAUAAACUUGAAUAUGAAUUAAAAAUCAGUUAUGCUUUUGAAGACCUAAGAUAAUGCUCUAAAAGAUAUUACAAAUUAGCAUCUUCUUUUCUUACAUUUUACUUUGAAAAUUUCAGUCGUGAACUAAAUAAAAUAGAAUAACCAGCCAUAGCAAAUUGAUUUUUUUUUUCAGUUUAUCUUCGGUUUGUCAGAGCACAUUUACUCCGUUUUGUAUGUGUAUACUUGUUUUUCUCCUAAGAGCUUUGAACAAAAGCUUUUUACUGUAACAUUUCAAGAUUAAAAUAUUAAAGUUAGGUCCUAUCUAUCUGAUCUGUUACAUGAAACCUUUACAAGGUAUAUGCAGACAACUAAUACGUAAAGAUUUUCAGGAUAGUUAACAAGAACAAAAAUUAAUGAAAUACUAUUACAUUUAAGUGGGAAAGAGGUACUCUUUAGGCCACAUGAUCAUCCAGUUUUUAUUUUCCCCCAUUUAUAUAAAUCUGCUUAGAGUAUUUCAGGUGCCUAUUAAAAACAUCAUUUAGAAAUAGAUAUUGAAUGCAAUAAAUAAUACAUUAAAGAUGUUUUUUAAAACAAUUAAAAAAAUUUUAAUUUGUAAGCUGUAAGACCAAGUAUGUGAGCAAGUUUAGAGUUGAAAUGGUUUUUGUUUUUUGAUUUUUUUAUAUUAAAUUUGAUAGUUCAACAAAGAAAACUUAUAUUAAUUUUACAGGGUACAGCUUAGGUCAGAGAAUGAAAGUUCAAUGUAACUUGUUUAUUUUCUAUUGAUAAGUUGUAUAAUCAGUGAUAUAUCCAUGUGACAGCACAGUAUAAAUGCUGACAUCCUUUUCCAAAAGUUGUGCUUUUUUUUUUCUUUUCUUUUUCUGAGGUUGAAAAGGUUUUUGUGGCUUAAAUGUUGUUACAUAUUUUACAGCAUUAGGAUCUAUGGAAUAUUUUGACAACUGCAACAGUUCAAUGAAGUUGCAAGGAGUAAAUAAUGCUGAGAAAUUUGACUAUGUGAUGCAAUUUUUGAAUAAGAUGGCUGGUAAUGAAUAUGUCGGAUUCAGUAAUGCAACGUUUCAAUCUGAACGAGAAAGUGGAGACCGAAAUUUUGCAAUAGGAUAUUACUUAAAAGAAAAGAAGUGUUUUCCAGAAGGCACAGACAUGGUUGGGAUACUAGAUUUUUAUUUCCAGCUCUGUUCCAUUGAAGUGACGUGUGAGUCAGCAAGUGUGAUGGCUGCAACCUUGGCUAAUGGCGGUUUCUGCCCAAUUACUGGUGAAAGAGUGCUCAGUCCUGAGGCCGUUCGGAAUACCCUGAGCUUAAUGCACUCCUGUGGCAUGUAUGACUUCUCAGGGCAGUUUGCAUUUCAUGUUGGUCUUCCUGCAAAAUCUGGAGUUGCUGGGGGUAUUCUUUUAGUUGUCCCCAACGUCAUGGGCAUGAUGUGUUGGUCUCCUCCUCUUGACAAGAUGGGCAACAGUGUUAAAGGAAUUCACUUUUGUCACGAUCUUGUUUCUCUGUGUAACUUCCAUAACUAUGAUAAUUUGAGACACUUUGCAAAAAAACUUGAUCCUCGGAGAGAAGGAGGUGAUCAAAGGGUAAAGUCGGUGAUAAACCUCCUGUUUGCUGCGUACACUGGAGAUGUGUCUGCCCUCCGAAGGUUUGCUCUGUCAGCCAUGGACAUGGAACAGAGAGAUUACGACUCCAGAACAGCCCUGCAUGUUGCUGCUGCAGAAGGUCAUGUUGAAGUUGUGAAGUUUUUGCUGGAAGCUUGCAAAGUUAACCCCUUCCCCAAGGACAGGUGGAAUAACACCCCCAUGGAUGAAGCACUGCACUUUGGACACCAUGAUGUUUUUAAAAUCCUCCAGGAAUACCAAGUUCAGUAUACACCUCAAGGGGAUUCUGACGAUGGAAAAGAAAACCAGACUGUCCACAAGAAUCUUGACGGGUUGUUAUAAUGGUCUGAAUCGUGAGACUUACAUUACUUACCUAGCCAUUGUGGAACAUGGCUAUGGAGAACAUGUGUGUUUCUAUCUGGUAGUAAUGUGUAUUUACAACAUCUGUCCCUGCAGUGUUACCGGAGCCUCCUUCAUUGUGCACACACGACAAAUCUGAGUUCUUUGGGAAAAAAAUAGAAAUGAAGUAGCCUCCCUUCACAAUGUGAGCAAUAGUUACCUCGUGCGUUGUACAAUUUGAUGUAAAAGAGUAGUUACCAAUGCUAGCUGAACUGUGUGGUUUCCACGGUUUGUGUUCUGUACAUUUUCAAGCCCUGGUGAUGAUAUAUGCUCAUAUGCAUUAGGAUUGAGCUUUGUUGUACAGUCUGUCCAUAGGGUCGAUGCUGUCAUUAGACGAAAAUAGUGCUACCUUUAAGAACUUUACACAUAGAUUUAGUUUGAGUGUUUGAGAGACCAUUGCACUUGUGUGGUUGAGUGUUUAAAAUGUCUAUCACCUCACUUCACAGUGUGACUCUUUAAAUAUUAAAAUAAUUACUACUAACUGUUCAUAGAAUAUGCUGAUUCUGAUUAGAUUUUAUCAGGGAAUCUAUUAAGAUAUGUUUGGUGACCAAAAUAUAUGUGUGACUGUGGUUCUAGCACUUUGAAACUUUUCCUUUCCAUACAAGGCUUAGGCCAGCCUCUCUGUGGUGUGUAGCUGUCGGUCCCCCUCAGCUGGGAAAGAGAGCACUGGCUUACUAUGCAGUUUUCAGGUCUCCUCAGCAAGCCAUCAAGCCUCCCAUUUCUGCCAUCAGAGAUAGAGCUUGGCUGUUUAUCUGAGGAAGAUGAGCCAAAAUUACAUCUCAAUUAGUCAUCAGUCUUAGGAGUAAAGACAGUGAUGACUGCAAGGUCUUCUCAGCUUCUACAAUAAAGAAAAAUUCAGAAAUGCUUCCAGUUACCAAAGUUAUAAUGAUAUAUUUAGGAAAAGCUACAAAUAACAUUUACUUUUAAUCCUGAUGUCAAAUGUCUGCAUCAAGAUAGCACUCCUUUGUGGCAUUCCAGGUAUCUUCUCUUCCUCUAUUGCUUAACUGUUGGUGGGCUAGCUAUAUUGUUCAAUAAGAAAAGGACACUUUAUUUUAAAUUUAGACCCACCCCUUCUUUGUUUUGGAAAAGGCAAUUUAUGAUUAACUUGGAUAAUAGGUAAAAAGCAACCUUAGAUAAUUGUAAUAUUGUGAGAACGUAAUUGUCUAGGAGUCCCACAUAACGUACCCUAUUAUACCUCCAAGAGAUGAAGGGUAUGUUAGUGAGGACUUUUGAUACUAACCACACUUUUGCAUGCACGCACACACACACACACACACACACACACACACACACACACACACACACACACACGGAUUUCUUGGAAAAUGCUUUAUGAAAUUAGCAACAUUCUCAACUGCACAGAUACUACUGGUUCCCACAGUAACACAGCAUCUUCUGUGACCCUCACUAUCUGCACUGAUUGCAUCCAAGCUUUAUGUCUGGUGGCUCAUUAUUCACUCCAGCUGCUUUGAUCCUGUUUCAAAGUCAGCUUCGGCCAUCCCCUCCAUUCCCUAGUGUUCCUUCACUAAGACAAGGCACCACUAACGUGUUUCUAAGCUCCAGAGUCUGUGGGGAGGAUGUGAGUGGGCAGCCAGCCCUGUCACUGUGUUCCUCCUUCCACACCCCUCAGGACAGGUGGUGGGUACUCGGAGCAUCCUCCCCAGGAACCUCCUCCAAGGUUCAGGGGUGAGCGCGCUGCAGUCAGCGGACAUACCACUGUGCAGCAGCAGCCGGCUUUCCGGAACUCAGCGUGUGACUUAAAUAUUGCCAGUGACUUUAAGGAUUCCCUCCGAUAAUGGUCUUGUAUAUUAUCUGAGACAAAUGUUUUCAUCUCUCCUCAGCUCAGUGCUGCUUCAUACUGUCUCUGUGGCUUGGUUGAGUGCGCUCUUUGUCCUGGGCCAGGUCUUGCUCUGGCUGUUCGCUGCUGGCUAAUAACAGCAAGGACCCUGUAAGUGUGUGAAUGAGCCGCUGACUGCUGCCAUCAGUAAACUCCAAAGACGUCUGUUCUGGCUUUACAACCCUAGGUGAUGGUUCUGUCUCUCAGAACCAUUACAUGAUCGUGUGGCUUCAACGAUCUCUGCAUACCGCUGUCCCUGCUGUCCCGGUUCUGACGCCCCUGUCUGCUGAUGUGCUACGCCCACUACUGCCUACACUGCUUUAGCGGCAGAGCUGGACUCACUGUCGAUCCAGACGUCUGUCAGGGACCUGAUAACCGAUGUCUGCCCUAGGUCCCUGCUGGGGAGUCCACAGCUAUGAAUGUAUUUACUUCUAACAUUUCCCAAAAUGAAAUCUUAAAACUAUAAAUUGUAAGUAUUCUGAAAUUGGGAAAUACUUAUUUUAAAUGAGAUCAGGUAGUGUUGCUUUUUACAGCAUAAUAAAUAUGUGUAUUGAAAACAA